AUAAAUAACAAAGUAACUUUGGAGCUCAUCAUCAUUUGUGUUGUGAUCUCCUCCAGUGUAGUGUUUGCUCGUCACUCUAUAAAAAAGUAAAUUAUUUUGGAUAUCAGAGCAUUAGCCAAUUCGGUUCAACGCUGCAGCAUUAAUUUAAAGAUAAAUACCGAUAAAAUGAAACUAAUUAUCCUUGCUUUUGCCUUAAUUGGUUGCGUGGCCGCCCAAUUUGACUCCGCCACACAAGGCCCAAAUCCACAGGAUAUCGCCACACCAGAACCCGAAUACAUCGACAUCGAUGAGCCGCCACCAGCGCCUGUUGCCGCACCAAUUCCAGUGCAGUCACGCGCCAGUUUCGCUGUAGCACCAAGACCCGUAGCUCGUCCCAUCCCUGUAGCUCGCCCCAUCCCGGUAGCCGCUCCAUCCUUUGCAUACUCACCCAGCCAAUCCUACCUGCCACCCGGCGGUGCCCAAAUACCCGGACAUAUUUUCAACCCACAAAGCGGUUACAACUACAGACAAGUACGCAGACGAGUUUUCUAUCGCCGUCGCUACUAAACGGUGGCUAACUGGUGCCAAUCCAGAAUAUUGUUGACCAUUAACCAAGUUGCAGCACACUAAUCAAAUAGAGAGAGCGCAAAUCAACUAGCCUUUUCAACGAGGUACAACGGAUGCGCAAGGCAUUUCUAACGGCAUGCCUAUAUGACAUUUUUUAGUUAUUUAAAAUAUUAAUUCCUAAGUUUUGAUUUGAAAUGUGCAAUUUUUCGAUUGACCUGGUGAAAAAUCAACUUAAGUCUAAUUCCGCCCUUUGCUGCAGCGCCAUACAAUUUUCGUACAAACCUCGAAAACAAAAUUUAUAUAUAUUUAUAUUACUAAGCCAAAAGAAAAGAUGCGCACAUAAACAUUAAUAUAUAUACAUGAUCACAAAUACAUGCGUGUAAAUACAUUUAAGCUCGCUACUAUAGAAGAUGCAAAUGCUUAGACAUUGCUCGCAUACCUAUAUUUGGCGACACUGUUUUUUAAUGGAAGGCAGCAUCGCUAGAAUUUUAACAGAACUGCCAGUAGUUGAUUAUUAUUACAAAACAAAAUAACUUAUACAAAUUACGUUGUAAAUGAAGAAAAUGUAUGCUGACACAUUGGACUUGACGAUUUACAAAUUUAAAAGCCUUUGUUGUAUUUUUCCCCAGGUUCAAAUAAAAUAUUUAUAGUACCUGU